AUGGAAGUAAAUUUGAAUUUAACCAAUCAAGCUACCGCAUUCGGGGUAACCGAUGCGCCACAGAUCACGGCUGUGGUGAACAAGAAAAGAAAUCCGUGCAAAUCGCUUUCACUAAAGCUUGGUGCAUGGAAUGUAAGGACGACAAACGACAGUGAUGGUUCAAGCAGACCCGAACGUGCAACAGCGAUCAUAUGCAAAGAGCUAGACAAAGCUGCUAUCGACAUUUGUGCAUUAAGCGAAGUCCGUCGUCCUGGAACCGGAAAUCUUGUGGAAAGAACCCACACAAUCUUUUGGAGCGGGAGUGACAAGAAAGAAGCUGGUGUGGGUUUCGCAAUCCGCAAUGGUCUCCUAAAACAGUCUGAUCUUAACCCAAUUCCUAUAAAUGAUCGCAUCUCCACAUUACGAGUAAUGUUGAAGAAUGAUGACUAUCUGACGCUUAUCAGUGUGUAUGGACCCACCAUGCAGAGAACUCAAGAGGAAAAGGAACAGUUUUACGAACAACUAGGAGAAUGUAUAGAGGAUGCAAGAAACGACAGAAUUGUUGUACUUGGUGACUUAAAUGCUCGUGUUGGAAAAGACUGGUCGUCAUGGCCUUCAGUACUGGGAAAACAAGGUGUUGGGAACAUGAACUCAAAUGGACUCAUGUUACUUGAAUUUUGCUCUCGAUACCAGUGGUGUGUCAUGGGAACCAUGUUUCAAAUGAAAAACAGUUUAAAAACCACUUGGCAACAUCCUCGAUCUAAGCACUUUCACCAAAUUGACCAUGUACUUGCAAAUACUCAUGCAAAACAGUACAUCAGUGUUACUGCUAACGUCAAAAUGCAACUUCCGAAUCCAACACAAAAAGAAAGGAUCGAAACCUCCUAA